AACUGUGCACGGUAGCCGUGGAAUGAGUUCGAAAUUGUAACGACCAUUUUAAGGUUUUCCUGAGACGUUUGGUGGUGGUUGAUGGGCAGCAAAAUGAACAACUUAACAGAGGAUGGUACGGUUGGGAUAGUUGCUAGUGUCGUUGGUGGGGUGGUGGUUUGUGUCCUCACGGUCGGGAUAGGAUACCAGCUGUACAGACAUCUGUACCGGGCUAUAACACUGUCUGGAGAAACAGAUCGGUCCACAUUGACUCAGCCCGAUCUCAUCUACCUACUCAUGCUACCCAGGAUCGGUGUCAUCUCCAAUAUUUCACCGUUUACAGUCAAGCUGGAAACCUGGUUUCGACUGAUCGACGUGCCUUACCGGGUGGUGGAAACAACUUUACCCUCAUCAAAGCGUCAGUUUCCGUAUAUAAUCCUGAACGGUGUCGAAAUUGCCGAUUCUCGGUUUAUCGUUGAAAGAGUGGCCAAGCAUUUCAACAAGAAAGUGGACCCUAACCUCUCUGCUGAAGAACGUUCUGUAUCUGUGGCCUUCUCAAGAAUGCUGGAAGAAAACACAAUAUACACUUAUGCCUGGUAUCGCGUACUAUUCCAACACGCAGAGUAUUGGGGCCUGUUUUCGGAGGAAAACAAAGGAGUGCUUGCAAAGAAGAUGCUAAAAUAUGGGCCAACUUUAAUGGAGCGAGCGGCAAAGGUGAAGUUCUGGCAGCAAGGGGUGUCUCGCCUCAGUCCCGCAGAGAUCUACAGCUUAGCGGAAACCGACCUCAAAGCGCUGUCAGAUUAUCUGGGAACCAAGGACUACUUUUUUGGGGAGGAGCCAACGCUGUUGGACUGUGUGGCAUUCGGUCAUCUGAUACAGAUCUUGUGGCUGAAGCUGAAUUUCCCGCCGAGGUUCUACGUUGAGAAUGAAUGUAAGAACCUGUCACGGUUCCUCGACAGGAUGAGGGACAGGUUUUAUCCGGACUGGGAACAAUUGUGCAAGCCGUCCUCAUCUUCAUAAUUGCUGUCUUACCCCAGGGGAUCUCAUCUCAGCAGUCUAGACAAGCUAGUUCAGUAGAACUUUCACCAGAAUUUGUGAUGACAUUGUCGUAAACACUCAUGUAAAUUUCCAGUAUGUGUGCUCUUUUAAAGAAAGCAAUGUUAUUCAUGAAGGCAUGCAUGUGUCCGGCUUGAAUGUUGACAACGACAUUAUUUCUUAUUUACAACAAACUAACCAAAUUUGUUAACUAAAUAUUUUUUAUGAAUACCCACGAAUAAGGUGAUUUUAUUUACAACGAAGAUUUUAUCUUUUUUUUCUGAAAUUUGAAGGCAAGCCCCUCCCACCGAAAGCUACUGACCAAUCAGUAGUCAAAGUGAACCCAGCACUUACAUGUAUAUCAAUUGUGUACGUACGCAUAUCAGAUAAGGUUUAAUGACUAACUUCUGAGAGACACCGCGUGGCACUUUUCUUAAACACUUUGUUGCUUCUUUUUUGUUGAACAAUGAAUAACUAUUAAAGAUUGCUUAACAGUUU